CACCGAGCUUCUGGUCAGGUGAUGGCUCUUAAAAUGAACACGUUGAGCAGCAACCGGGCAAACAUGUUGAAAGAAGUGCAGCUCAUGAAUCGACUCUCCCAUCCCAACAUCCUUAGGUUCAUGGGUGUGUGUGUUCAUCAAGGACAGUUGCAUGCACUUACAGAGUAUAUCAACUCUGGGAACCUGGAACAGUUGCUAGACAGUAACCUGCAUUUGCCCUGGACUGUGAGGGUAAAACUGGCCUAUGACAUAGCAGUGGGCCUCAGCUACCUUCACUUCAAAGGCAUUUUUCAUCGGGACCUCACAUCUAAGAACUGCCUGAUAAAGAGGGAUGAAAAUGGUUAUUCUGCAGUGGUUGCUGACUUUGGCCUGGCUGAGAAGAUCCCUGAUGUCAGCAUGGGGUGUGAGAAGUUGGCCGUAGUGGGCUCACCCUUCUGGAUGGCACCUGAGGUUCUCCGAGAUGAGCCCUAUAAUGAGAAGGCAGAUGUGUUCUCUUAUGGUAUCAUCCUCUGCGAGAUCAUCGCCCGCAUCCAGGCUGAUCCGGACUAUCUUCCCCGCACAGAGAAUUUCGGGCUGGACUAUGACGCUUUCCAGCACAUGGUGGGAGACUGUCCACCAGACUUUCUGCAGCUCACCUUCAACUGCUGUAAUAUGGACCCCAAACUGCGCCCAUCCUUUGUGGAGAUUGGGAAGACCCUGGAGGAAAUUCUGAACCGCUUACAGGAAGAAGAGCAGGAGACAGAUAGGAAGCUACAGCCCACAACCAAGGGACUCUUGGAGAAAGUACCUGGGGUGAAGCGACUGAGCUCACUGGAUGACAAGAUCCCCCCCAAGUCACCACGCCCAAGACGUACCAUCUGGCUGUCUCGAAGCCAGUCAGACAUCUUCUCCCGUAAACCCCCACGUACAGUGAGCGUCUUGGAUCCCUACUACAGGCCACGAGAUGGUGCUGCCCAUACCCCCAAAGUCAACCCUUUCAGUGCUCGCCAGGACCUCAAGGGUGGCAAGAUCAAGUUCUUUGACUUGCCCAGCAAGUCUGUCAUCUCCCUUGUAUUUGACCUGGAUGCACCAGGGCCUGGAACUAUGCCUUUGGCUGACUGGCAGGAGCCCCUGGCCCCACCACCUGCUCGCCGGUGGCGUUCCUUGCCUGGCUCACCUGAAUUCUUGCGUCAAGAAGCCUGUCCAUUUGUGGGCCAGGAAGAAUCACUAUCGGAUGGGCCCCCACCACGCCUCAGUAGUCUCAAGUACAGAGUAAAGGAGAUCCCACCAUUCCGGGCAUCUGCCCUACCAGCUGCUCCAACCCAUGAGGCCAUGGACUGCUCUAGUCUCCAGGAAGAAAACGGUUUUGGGCCCAGGCCCCAAGGGACCAGUCCGUGCCCUGCAGGUGCCUCUGAGGAGAUGGAGGUAGAAGAAGAAAGGCCAAGAGGCUUGGCUCCAGCUUCCUUCUCCAUCUCAGGCAUAGGCCAGCAAACCCAGGAAGAGCAGGAUGGGUGAGGGGAGUUAGUCCCUGCCUCACCUUGGGAUGGACCUUCAGCUGAAGCCAUAGGGCCCCCUUGGUACACAGCCUUGACUCUUCCCUGGAGCCCACAAAGCAAGCAGGCUAGACCCAGCCAGGCUUAACUUUGGGGCUCCCAGUGCCCACUGGCUGUGUAUGAGAGGGGAGACAGCAGUGGGAGGCUUUCCUAGCUAGGGCCCACAUCUGAUACCAAGCCUCUGAAAUCCAGCAAGGAGCUCUGGCUCCCACCAGACACCCCCGCCCCAGUCCACUUCCUCAUACAGGACCAGAGGACCCCUAGUUCUAGGCUGAGCUGGCAGGCAGCUAUGACCCCUAUUUUUUUCCCACCCCAAGUCUGUUUCUUACCCUUUUUGGGGGCUUAUAAGGCUACUGGAUGGAACGUAGAGCUGACCAGGAGGCCAUAAAGGGCAUGACUGUUUCCCAGACUUGAAGACUGGGGUGCUUCUUGCCAGUAUGUCUGAGACACUUGAAUAACUGCUGUUUGCACUUAUCACGUGGUCAGACCACGUCACUACAUUUCUAUGCAAGGGGAGGGCAAGGCAGCAUGGUGGUCAUGGCUCUUAGCUAACCUAUUCAAAAACCUUUUCCAGUUGAUUAAUC